ACAAUGCAAAGAAAUCUAAUGGCUGAGAGCAGCCUCGCCCCGACCCAUUAUUUCGACAUGUGGCAUGACUAUAUGAACCUAGGGAGGAUGCUGGAAAAACUUUGUGACGUCGCAGAUCGGACAGCGACCACCUGUACCCAGCUAAAAGAGCACGUGCCGGACGCAGAGGAUCACCAGACCGGUCGCCAGGAGCAACACUGGUUUCGUCUGAAUUCGAUCGGGACUGAGAGCCUGAGUUCUGCAAGCAGCAUUUCAGGAAACACGAGCCACAGCCUGGCUUCCGGUGAUUACUGCGGCUUCUGCAAGCAAAAUGGAGAAACGGCAGAGAUCUACCGGAGCCACAAACUGAAAUCCAAAGACAGCAAAGUCAUCUGCCCCAUUCUGAGGAGCUACAUUUGUCCUAUGUGUGGCGGCACCGGAGACAAAGCGCACACGCGCCGGUACUGCCCACAGCGCAACGGCGUGGUGCCGAAAUACUGGGGGACUGUGGAGUAG